CUAACAUUGGUUUCUUGCAUACCACAACUAGCUGAAUCCAUGGGGCUGUUGCUGCUCUUCUUGGCGUUCCUCUUGCCAGCGGCGUGCGCCGCAACGUCGAGUUGCCACCCUGAUGACCUCCGUGCCCUGCGGGGCUUUGCCAAGAACCUUGGCGGCGGAGGCGUCCUCCUCCGCACCGCGUGGUCCGGCACCUCGUGCUGCGUCUGGGAAGGUGUUGGCUGCAAUGGCGCGAGCGGCCGCAUCACCACGUUGUGGCUCCCUGGGCGUGGCCUUGCGGGGACCAUCACAGGAGCAUCCUUGGCCGGCCUCGCGCGGCUGGAGUCACUCAACCUUGCCAACAACAGACUGGUCGGCACCAUCCCAUCGUGGAUUGGUGAGCUUGACCACCUUCUCUACUUGGAUCUCUCACAUAAUUCAUUGGUUGGCGAGCUGCCCACCCGUCUGCAGAUACGGCUCAAGGGCCUCACCACCACAGGUCAUUUACUAGGUAUGGCUUUCACUAACAUGCCAUUGGAUGCGAAGCGUAACAGAAGAACUCUCGCCAUACAACCAAAUACAAUAUCUGGGACCAACAACUUGGUCUUAUCUGGGAGAAACAAUGUAGUUUCUGGGAAUGACAACACUGUCAUAUCGGGGAACAAUAAUACUGUGUCUGGGAGCUUCAACACCGUCGUAACGGGAAGUGACAAUGUCUUAACUGGUAGCAACCAUGUCGUAUCUGGGAGAAGCCAUAUUGUAACUGACAACAACAAUUCUGUAUCUGGGGACGACAAUAAUGUGUCCGGGAGCUUCCAUAAAGUAUCCGGAAGUCACAAUACGGUAUCUGGGAGCAACAAUACCGUAUCCGGGAGAAACCAUGUCGUAUCUGGGAGCAACAAAGUCGUGACAGGAGGUUAAUGAUAUGUUAGUGGAUUGCUUC